CCGCCGCGCGGAAUGUGGCGCCGGCGGCCCCCACGCGCACGACAACCUCAAACUCCCGUCCCCCGUCUUCAGCUCGCGGCUGGCCAAGCACUUUAAAAAAUUGGACAAAAUGGCCCGCCACGCUGGAGGAAAUGGCGCCCCUGAGCAGCCGCAGAACAGCGGCGGGCGGCGGCGGGCGCAACGCGCUGCGCACCUUCCGGACCUCGGCCACCUCCUCUUUCUCCGACGCGGACGGCCGCAGAACGCCGAGCGCGCUCCGCUCCGGGGCGUCGUCGGGGUCGACGGGCGAGGGCAACGCGGGCCCCGGCGGCGGGGCCUCCAGGUCGAACCCGCUGAAGGUAGAAAGAGACGAGCCGGGGGGAGGCGAAGACGAGUCGCGGGUGGACGACGCCGGCGGCGGCGGCGGGGGGGAGGAGGAGGAGGAGGAGGAGGAGGACGGCGGACUGGUGGAGGGGGAGCCGCCGGAGUGUCCGGGCGACAGGACGCAGUCGGACGAGGGGGAGCUGUGGAUGGGCCCGUGGAACAGCCUCCACAUACCCAUGACUAAACUGUGACCGCCGGCUCCUCGCCGCCGACAUCAUCCCGGCGCUCUGACGUCUCCUCUGUCCAUUAGUUGGGGAGCUAAUGGGGGACGCUCCAAAUCCAAUUAAACGGCAUCUAAUCAACGGAUCGGCUCUCCGAUAGAAGCUGAAAUUAGCAAAUUGUGGCGCUGGAAGUGAAUUUGGACGAGAUGUAUGACGCCUUACGUACAGACUGAAGUAAAUACAUUUAGGGUUGGUUUAAAUUUAAAGACAGAUGAUCGAGAAAACGAAUCCUCCCUCUUAGAUUAACUGUGUGCUCACUGCCUUUCUCUUUAUGGCCUUUCUCCCCGCUCACAUUUAAACAAAAAGAGUAUAUUGGAUUGGAAUUGCUGACUCCACCUUUUAAAGCGAUCUUUUCAUAACUGCUCAAUAUGCCCAACAGAGCAUCCCUUAAGCCCGACCGAUCGCACAGCUGCAGCCCCUUUGUAAUACUAGACCUAGAAUGAGAGGACGCGUUAUAUUUCUACUUUGCUAAGAAAUGCUGAUGGAAGGAAAAGUCUGAACUUUUUACGGCCCUUUCAACGACCAAGUGGAGCUACACUCGUUUCAUUCACAUAAUGGCUGCUGAUUGUAUCAAAAUUUCUGGUCACUUUGCAUUGACACAUGACGUCUUGUGUUGUUCAAACCUGCCUUUUUAUUGGUGUCAAGUUGCUUGGCAAACGUUCAAAUAAAAGAUGAUUUCAUUCAUUAAUA